AUGGCUCCCCAGUCUUCCAAGAGCCUCCCUUUCGGCCGGCCGCCGUCGCUCUCCUCAGUGGCUGGGCCUACCUAUGUAACGGCUCAGACCCUAAUCCAGCAGGUCGCCUUUUCUCUGUCUGACAAGAUUUUCUCUUACUCCCCCGAGACUUUCGACCUCGACGUGGCUGCAAAAGCCUGGAACGAGGCCGAGGAGACGAACAUUAAUGGGUACAAGACCGGGGUUCAGUCUAUGCAAAUCCGAAACGGCGCAGGAUCAAUCGCCCUAGGUUACAUAUUCUCCAAGGACUUCGAUCUUAAGAAGAGACAUAUUCCUCAGGGACUCCUUACAUCCUCCUCGGCACUGCAGUUCUUGCGACCCGUCCUCGACCAGCUGUCCCUCCUCUACUCGGUCAGCAAUCCCUUUGUGGCUCAUGUGGCAGCGUUGGACUAUGACGGGGCCAGAGAUGGCGGACUGGUCUCGGACUAUGUUUCAGCUCUGUCAGCUGCCGAAGAUCUCGGGUUUGGUCUCGUCUCGACACUGUCCGCACAUGAGGCACAACAUAUGUCCCUUUUCGCCACCCUCCUUGCGCAGGAUCUCCCCACACUCCAUGUCUAUGACGGCUUGAGGAUUGGCCGGGAUACCACAAGAGUCAUUGAUAUUCUGGACAAAUCUGGCCUUGGUAGUGCUUACAAGUCAGUGCUCGAGUCGAUUGCGGGUGAGGACAGGAAAUAUCUGAGCAUUGAGGGCAAGGCUCUGAAGACCCUUCGAGCCCUUAAUGAAGAGCUGGGAACAGACUAUAAACCUUUUGAGUAUGCCGGUCACGAACAGCCCGAUGUCAUUCUCGUUUCGUUCGGUUCAGUCGAGUCUUCCCUUGCUGCCCAAGCUGCCUCCGCGUUGGCCAAAUCCGGUAACAGGGUUGGCGCCAUCAAUGUUCGAUUGUAUCGACCUUUCGCGGAAGAGCAGUUCUUGAAGCUUGUUCCCCAUGGUGUCAGAGUGGUUGGCGUUCUUGGCCAGGUUCCCGAUGCACAGGCUGUGCAAGAAUCCGGUGUACAUUCUCACCUCUUCGAAGACGUGCUUGCCUCCAUAUCUUACGGCGCUUCAUUUCGGAACAUUCCUGAGAUUCGAGAGCUGAAGUACGCGAGAGCUGAAGUGUGGACACCUUCGUCCAUCUCGGCCACAUUCCAGGGGCUCCUCGGCAAAGCAGCCAACGACCAGGGUGUCACAACGUUCUUGGAUACCUCAGUCCAACAAUACACAUUCUGGAAUGUUGACGGCGCACCAUCCGCCUCCGCAGCAGCUCAUCUGGCCGAAGCGCUGGCCAAGGACUCGGCCCAGAACGUCACGGUGCACACCAGCAACGAUAACCUUGUGCAAGGUGGUUCGCACCGGAUCGACAUUCGAAAAUCUCCAAAGAGUCUCGAUGCUUCAUACCCUAUCACGUCCGCUAACACCGCGGUCGUCACGGAUGUGAAGCUUCUGGAAAAGAUCAACGUGGUGGAAUCGAUCAAGCCAGGAAGCAGCAUCAUUUUACUGCUUCCCGGCGUCAAGGAUGAGGACGUUGAAAAGAAACUACCGGCUGCCUUCAAAAAGGCUUUGGCUGCGAAUCACAUUGCCUUGUAUCUGAUCAACUCUACCAACACGGCCUUGACAAUCGAGAACCCCGAACUCGAGUCCCUCAUAUUGCAGGCAGCCUUCAUCCGAGUCGCUCUCGGAAAGUCUGAAGAGUUGGGCUUGCAAAAGCUGGCGACAAGCAACAGUAGCGAUAUCCGCACCAUUGAACAGGUUGCUGCCGACCUUGAAAAGACACUUCGCCAGAUCGAGGUGCCAAAGGAAUGGGCUGAACUGGAAGUGGAUACCAAGGAAGUCUUGCCGACGGAUCUCACGCCCAACAGCUUCAGCGCGUUCGACAAGACCGAAGAGGAACCGCCUUCCAAACUCCGUAACUGGCAGAAGGCAGCCAAGGGCAUCAUUUUCAAGGAAGCGUACAACACUUCAAACCCUCUUCGACCGGACCUACCCACCAAGACAUUUACCGUGCACGUGAAGGAGAACCGCCGUUUGACGCCUGUGACUUAUGAACGAAACAUCUUCCACAUCGAAUUCGAUUUAGGUACCUCCGGCCUCAAGUACGAUAUCGGCGAGGCGUUGGGCAUUCAUGCAGAGAAUGACCACGAUGAAGUCGUGGAAUUCAUCAAGUGGUAUGGGCUGAAUUCUGAGGAUAUUGUCGAGAUUGCGUCGCGGGAAGAUCCCGCAGUCUUCGAAAACCGUACCGUCUAUCAGGCGUUGAUGCAAAAUGUCGACAUCUUCGGGCGACCGCCCAAGAAAUUCUACGAGGCACUUGCCGACUUCGCCACCGACGAGACGGAAAAGAAGAAUCUUCUGACUCUGGCUGGUCCCGAAGGCUUCCAGGAGUUUCAGCGCCGAGCUGAGGUCGAUACAGUCACAUACGCCGAUGUCCUUCUCGAGUUCCCUUCAGCUCGUCCUUCCUUCCAUGACCUCGUGCGGAUUGUGUCGCCCAUGAAGCGCCGUGAAUACUCGAUCGCUUCCUGCCAAGCUGUCACCCCCACCUCCGUGGCAUUGAUGAUUGUGGUGGUCAACUGGGUUGAUCCCAAGGGCCGCGACCGAUUCGGCCAAGCCACCAAAUAUCUGAGCGCCCUGAAGGUGGGCGCUCCGGUUACGGUCAGCGUGAAGCCGUCGGUGAUGAAGCUUCCUCCCAAGUCGACCCAGCCGAUUAUUAUGGCCGGUCUUGGUACCGGUCUUGCACCGUUCCGAGCAUUCGUGCAGCACCGCGCCAUGGAGAAGGCGCAAGGGAAAGAGAUUGGCUCCGUCUUGUUGUACAUGGGAUCGCGACACCAGCGCGAGGAGUACUGCUAUGGCGAAGAAUGGGAGGCAUACCAAGCCGCAGGUGUCAUCACUCUGCUCGGACGGGCGUUCAGCCGAGACCAGCCUCAAAAGAUCUACAUCCAGGAUAGGAUGCGGCAGACCAUCGACGACAUCCUCCAAGCGUACAUCAAGGAAGACGGUGCCUUCUACCUCUGCGGGCCGACGUGGCCGGUGCCCGACGUGACUGAUGUCCUAGAAGAGGCCAUUGCUCGACAUGCCAAGGACAACGGUGUCAAGAAGAUCGAUACUGCCCGAGAAAUCAUGAAGUUGAAGGACGAGGGACGGUACGUGCUUGAAGUAUACUAG